AUGCCAGAAACAAUCUCCGAGGCCAUUGGCGCCGACCAUAAAUCUAUUGAUGCCUACGCCGAAAACUUGAAAUCCGCCAAAGACGAUGCGGAAAAGGUGCGAUGGCGCAACCUGUUGACGUGGACACUUGCCCGCCACGCCAUCUCGGAAGAGUUGACCCUCUACCCAGCCAUGGAGCAGUGGCUAGGCGAGGAGGGUGUGAAUUUGGUCAAGACGGACACGGAACAACAUCAGGGUAUGAAAGUGUACCUCGCACAAGUUCAGGACAUGACCCCGACCGACCCCAAGUUUGAGCCACUUCUGGAUACGUUGAUGGACGUCGUCCACCAUCACGUCGAGCACGAGUCGGAAGUCGACAUGCCGCGGCUCGAAGGCCUCAUUCCCCGCGAGGAGAGUGAGCGGAUAGCGCGACAGUUCCAAUGGACCAAGAAUAUCGUCCCGUCCAGAAGCCAUCCUGCGGCUCCGACAGAGUACUAUGUGGAGAACCUAGCUGCUCUCUUUCUCACGCCAAUGGACAAACUGAGAGAUUGGUUGAAAGAUUACCCAACUCAGGGGGAUUACGAUCGAGCGUCCAACGACGCCAAGUAG